CUACAUCAAACAGAUGACGGAUGUCGCUGUCACAUGCGUCAUAAGAAGGCGACUCACACCGAAGCAGGCAUCUAUGAGGCGGCUUGCACGGCUAAUGCAAGUUAGUUUUUAGCAUCAUAACGUUCACAUAAUGGAGCUCAAUGACAGUGAACUGGCAACGCUGCGGAACAGAUUCAAGAAGAACGCGGAGUUUCUCCUCCAAACGACGACGACGGGGGACGAAGAUGAAAAGAGUCAUGAAGAAAAAGAUUUCAAGCCUCUCCCUCGUGUCAACAGACACACCGUUUUCUGGAUCAUGGCGUCUGUAGGUGUGACCUACUAUGUGGAUUUCUUCCGCAACAUCAUAGAGAACGAUGAUAUUAAAAGUUGGUGGUUCAAUGUGGGUCUGGCACUGCUCGGGGUCUGCCUCAUUCUGGCCACAUUCUGCAUUGUGUACCUGGAGUGGGUCAAAGGAAUCCAGCACUAUGACCUAGAAUACCCGGCCAUUCCACCCCUCGCCACCGCAGCCUUUAUUGCUGCAUCAUGCAGCUUUAACAUAGCUCUGUGGCCAGUGUGGGCUUUCUUCACCCCACUCAUCCUCUUCACACAGUUCAUGGGUGUGGUCAUGUUCAUCUCUUUACUUGGAUGACUGACAGGUCUAGCCUUAAGGACUUUUUUUUUUUACCACGCAGUUAAGUUUUAAAUAAUGUAAUGUGGCUGACUGCAUGAAGACUUUUUUCAAGUCAACACUGUCAAGCUCUCACACGCCUUCACAAUAAAAGCACUUAUAUGACAGGAACCCACCUGUAAUGAAGAUGGAAAGAACAUCGCUGUUUUUUAAUGGUAUGCCAGAGUCCAUAGAUAAAAUCAGUGAUUUUUGAUUUGUGACCUCGUGAACUAAAAUCACGGACACUCUCUAUGCAGUUUGGUGUUGAAGAGUUAGUUGUUUGAAACUUGAGUUUCCAGUCAGAAGAAGGCUGGCGGUGAGUGUCAGUCAGUGCAGUGUGGACCAUGCAUCAGUAAUAAUGACAGUAAAGUCUUUUUCACAAUAAGGUCAAAGGUCAGAUUAUUGUUGUCUGUGGAAAUCAGCUGUAAUUAAUUUUUAUCAUGCACACCUGUUGAUCUCCUGUGAAUUGUGUGUUUGUGUGUGUGUGAGGUGUGUGACGAUGUCUGCUUCUAAAGUGUUUUUGUCUCUAAUAAAACUAUUGUUGCUAUGAA